CAGUGCACGCUCAGUCCCAAGCACACACACAUAAAUACACACGUAGGAUCCAGCACACAUUUCGGUCUCUCUCUCUCCCCCCGCCUUCCUUGCUUCCCCCUCCCCCAGCUCAACAGCAUUGGUAAAAAGAGGUGGAGAGAUAUCAAACGACACAAGCUGGCUGCUCUACCUAAACAAAUCCGCGGCAUUAAUCCUGAGAUCCAGCUCAACAAUGCCUGGGGAUGCAACGAAAGAUGCAGCAAAUGUACAUCAGGAGUUCCAACCCAAGCAAAGGAGCCCAGAUAUUUCUCCUGAUGUUUCCUGUGGCUCCUCCCAUGGCAUCAUUACCCCGAAAGAGCUGACUUCGCCCCAGGACUCCCCAACAAUGGACUCAUCGUACCUGAUGCAGUUUGCUGACAGCUCAAAGUGGCCCGUGGGAACAGAACAAAGCGAGGUACUGACUGCCAGCCCUGUUUUGGACCACGCCGCUGAAAACCUGCCUGUUGAGUGCCCUGCUGAUGAAGGUGCCCGACCUCAGCCCGAAGGAGCGAGCUGCGAUACAGACGCUGAUCACUCAUAUCCUGAGUCGUCCACAGCUGCAUCUUGCAUCAAGGGGAGCCCUUCAGAAAGUGAAGGCCAAGGAACCAAGCACAAUCUGGAUGUGGCUGGAGAAAGGGUGGACAUGUUUGGACUAAGCACUGCUGACAGUGCCCAGCUUAUCGUUGCAGAUAUUGGCUCAGGGAUAUCCAAAAAGGAAGCUCGAGACAUUAACAGUGGCUUACAGGAUGGUUCAUUGGCCUCUGCUGACUCUCUCAUUUCCACCAUGCGAGCCAGCUUGGAGGCCAGUGCGGGCUUGCCCUCGGGAGUGUCGGAGGUGAGCAGCACUUCAGACACGGACACAAUAUCCAGGGAAGAACCAGAUGGAGACACACAAUUGAUAGAUACCAAAGCAGACAGGGGGGCAGAGAUGGGCACUUUGGAGGUGGAGGGAGAUCAUGAUCUGCCCAGCAUACAAACAGACACAUCAGUUCAGUUGUCUUUCAUUGGGAAAGACACAGCAUGUGCAGAAAUGGACCAAGAUGUACUGAAAGCAGGUGAUAAUGGAAAAGAUUUUGCUGAUGAUACACUCUGUCUUGUCAAUUACCCUCUCAAUAGCUUGAGUGGUAGUGCUGAGUGUUCACCAGCACCAGAACAUCAGGAGCUUUCAGACACUGGAGGUGAACACCCUGUGUCUAUAGAUCCACUCCACGUACUGACUGUGCAAUCAAGGGCUGAAAACGUAAAGACUGAACCUUCACAAACUCAGGACCAAGUUACAACCAUAGGACUCACUGAUAUGCCUUUGUGUUAUUUGGAACCCACCAAAGAAUUGCCUGUGUAUUCCAGUGCUGUGGACCAUAUGUGUGCCACAGAUCCAGAUCUUUUCUUCACUGCACCAUCCACUCCAGUAAAGUUAGCAAGUGGCGCCCAGAAAUUCUUUUCCUAUCUGACAACUGGCUUACACGAGGAGUCUGUUGAAGCUCUGGAGAGUGAAGGAAGUGAGAGCAUCUGUUCUCCACCAACCUCUCCCUCAGGAUCAUACAGAACUGCAGAAGGAGGUAGCUGGACAUCAUCAGGGACCCCAAACACACCGUUGUCUUGCUCCCCAAAUUUACUAACGGAAGCUGAAACAAUGGAAGUAUCUGCUUGCUAUGUCGAAUCAUUGUCUGCUUUUGCAGAGGAACUCAAUGAAGAGCAGCUUGAUGAAGUGCUGCCUCUUGCUAAUGCUCCUUAUAAUAUCAUUGAUGAGGAAAUUUGGACCUCCACAGAGGAGUCAACUGAAAGGUGCCUUACUGAAACACAAGAUGACCUUGCUCCUUUAGCAUUUGACAAUGAAAAUCUUGAAACUAGUGAAGAUGAUGUUGAUGAUGAUGAUUAUUAUGGUGUUGAUGUAGAUGGUGAGGAUGAUUAUGGUGUUGAUGAAGAUGGUGAAGAUGAAGAUGGUGAAGGUGAAAAUGGUGAAGGUGAAGAUGGUGAAGAUGAAGAUGGUGAAGUUGAAGAUGGUGAAGAUGAUACUGAUGAUGAAGGUGAUGACAAUGGACAAGAAACUGCAACUCUUAGAGAUCAGGACAUUUCCAGUAAAGGUCCUAGAUUAAUUAAGGCUAAUAAUAUGAAUCAACAAUCAGAUAUGACAAACUGUGAUGUUGGCACAGAGUUAACGGACUCACCAACACAGAAUAUUACAAUUGAGGAAAAGAAUUGUACAAUCACUUCUGAUGAUUUCCAUCCAAUAUCCAUUCCUCAGGAGGAAGAAGACAAAUCAGAAUCAAAAUGCAAGGAGGAGGAGUUCAGUGAUGAUGAAUCUAAUUGUGAAAAUAUUGCAACAGUACCUGGUAAUGAAGAAAACCCAAUAGGAACGUGUGUAUCCAAAAUAAACGCUAAUGCUCAUGAAGCUUCUUGGCAGCUUGAGUCUAAUCCUGUUCAUGUUCAAACUGAGGAAGAAAGCACAAAACUGGUGGGAUUACCUAGCAACUUUCCUUGUCAGAAAUUAAAAGACAGUGAUUUGUUUUCUGCGUUGGAAUGUACAUCAGUGGAAGAGAUGGAUGUAAAUAAUGGGUCACCUAACAUGGAUGAUAGCACAACUUACUCAGCACAUAACUAUUUGCUCACCUCUAAGACAGAAAAGGACCAAUAUGUUUGUAGGAAACAAAACAAUGAUUGCACUACUAAUGCUCCUCUUGCUUCCUCUGAGGAACUUGCUGAAGAUUGCAAUGACUCAUUAAAAGAAGAAAGAGGCAUAGAAACAGAGAAAGAACCUAAUAUGCAAUUUGAAACUGUAAGCUCUAGUCAACUCAAUUUAGCAUUGGAUGAUCCAGUCAAGGAAAUUUCUAAAACUUUUAUUAGUUCUGUAUAUGACAGUUAUCUUGAAGUAGAAGACGAAAUUGAAAGUCCUAUUCCAUUACCUUCAGCACAUUGUAUUCCAGGGGAACAAUCAUCCAUUCAAUUUAAAAUGUCAGACAUAGAAAUUGGUCCUGAAGGCGAGACUGGUGUGAUGCCCCAAUCUCCAUACGAAGCUGUUGGUAAUGAGAGGAUGGUGCCUUUGUCAUUGCUAUCUUUUCAAGGCAGUAUUAUUUUUGAGGCAGAGUCUAUUGAAAUUACAUCACUGUCUGCAGUGGCUCCAACAGAACAGGCCAUUUUACAGGAUCAUGGUGAUGUUAUUCCCUGUAAUGAACCAAGUGACUGUGGUGAUGUCAAUAAAGGUGAACAUGCUGUUGAUGUAAACUGUGAUGUUGGAGAUGAAGAUGAAGACAGUUCAGUGUCCUUCCUUUACUCACUUUCUGAAAACUCUAUCACUGCAGGAGUUGAUGAAUCAUUCGCAUUUCAAGACACCACGUCAGAAUCAUCGGCUUCUGCAUCACUUGAAGGAGAGGAUGAGAGAAUCACUGCAGAGCACUAUGACCUACCAUCAGGAGCCAAUGAAGAACACACUGAAAGACCAGAAGGUGAAUCUGUUGAUUCAGACAAUGAUAGUGAGGUAGAGAUGUCUUCAGCAACAUCAACGUCAGACUCUGAAGCAUGUGGGCCUUACUGCACUACAAGUAUGAAAUUGCGUGACAUGGCAUCAGUGCUGCAGACUGUGAAUUUUGGCAAAGAUGAAGAACAACCAAGUUCUGUAACAGAAGUGCAAAACAAUUGCAGAAAGGAACCUGAAGGCAUAGACUCCACUAGCAAGGAUGAGGUCCAAUCUCCAUUACCUGUACACAAUUUACACACAGAUACACUGUCAGAAGGCAGGCCAUUGCCUUUUCUCAGUGCGCCAGGUGAGUCGCAGCAAAUGCCAUUGGCUGAGUCUAUUAAAGAAAGCCCAGAGAAUCUUUCAGAGAUGGUGGUGAAGACUGACGAAAAUGAGAUGUGUUCAACUGAAUUACACAGUGAAGAUCUGUUGUUUAGCUCUUCAGCAUCUGGUGAAAUGACUCGUGAGCUGGAACCUUGUGAAGGCCAACUAUCAGAGCUGGAAUCUCUGCCCACCUUUGGACAGACACAAUCAGAUGGUUGUAGCGGGACACUAACUUUGUCUCAGGAUAUAAAGGAGCAUUCACCCACAGAAUCAAAUUCAACAAGUCUCACAUCUCAUUUGGAAAAGGACUCGAAUAAAGAUGAACUUGACAUUGAAUUAGCUUCUAAUUUACCUGAAGGUAUGAAUAAAUUUGAUGAUUACCACAACGACAUUAUCAGCACACUGUCUGGAGAUGAUGAGAACAAAGGUCCCAAUUCUGAGAUGUCCUUGAAUGUGCCUGUUGACCUGGCUAGUGAUGCUGAUGUACCAAACAUCAGCUCCAGUGAAUCAAAUUCUGAAAACAACAAUUCUGUGUUCACCAUACAAAAACUCUGUGAAGGUGGUCAAUAUUUCAUUGGGAAGUCCAUAGAUUCCACAAAUAUCAAUAGUAUCAGUGAGGAUUUAGAGUCAGUCUGUAAGAAAAUUGACAAUCAGACUACUUUUUUUGAAGAAACUGAAAAAUCUUCUGAUGUCAGUCAUCUCCAAUUAGAAUCAACCAUUUUAAACACAGCUGAGUCCUCCCCUCCAAGUGAAUCACAAAUUUUAGAUGUCGAUGGAGAUUAUCUCAGACCAAAGUCAUCUUGUUCUAUACUAGCUUCCUCAGAGGAUGGUGUUGUUGAGGAACGUGAUGUCUCUUUUCAUGCUGAAGAGUUUCCGGAAAUAUUACCGAAAAGCAAACCAGAGAUGGGAUCUGAAAAUGUUAUUGCAUUGGGCUUCAGAGAUGUAACUCUGCCUCCUUGUGAAACCACUAAUGAGAGCAUGAAUGACAGACAACUAAUUCAGGAAGUAUCUCAUUCCUUACCAGGCGCAUGCCAGUCUGAAAUGAGGUCUGGCCUCAAUAAUCUUUCUGAUUUAACAAAUACAGGAAAAAUAGCUGGAACGCCCACAAGAAACCUUGGAGAAAAUAACCUGGAGGAGCAACAUAAUGAGACUUUCAACAUUGCACCAACAGAAAUGAUGAACAUAGUUCCUGGGGACACUUCAGCGAAUGGGGAUUCAGCAUACGAGGAUCAUCAAGAUUUUACAAGCAACCCAGUAUCUCUACCAUUAAAAAAAUUAUCUUCAUCAGAAACAGAGGAUUAUGACAUGGCCAGUGAACCAGAAAUUUCUGAAUCUAUUACCCCUGCUAAUGAUACCAAAUCUACAGAUGAGCUUAAUAGUUCUUUGCCAGAUGUGAGCACUCAACAGGAUAUGACCUCAUUAGAUUCAUUUCAAUUGGUCUCCACCAAGGUGGGAUCUAGUUACUCAGAUGCAUUGUCAGAUCAAUCAGAUCAACAACCUGAAGAUCAACAGGUUGAAACUGAAAAGGGAAAUGAAGCUUGUACCAUUGCAAGCGAAGAACAUUUUAAUCCUGAACAAAAUGUUGACAUUGAUCAACCUGAUUUGCCAGAUCCCGAGUUCAGUUCAAACUCUAUAUUCGGAAAUGAUCCCAUAUUGUGUUCUGCCCCCGUGUCACAAGAGUGCUUUGACCCUGUGAGGUUCUGGAAUGUUCAAACUAUAACUGCUGUCAGCCAGUUAAAGGUCGUGAGUUCCAGUUUAGAAGAGGGCACACAUCCAGUAAACAACUCAGACGAUUGUGAUAAUCAGAUCAAGCUUCCCUCUACACCUGUUGAAGAUAUUGAUAGGCAAGAAGAACCCUCUAAUAUUCUGCAAAACAAUGGUGCUGAUAAAGCAGAAGAUUUGGAUUCUAUACACAAAGAGAAUGAUGAUCAAACAGAGCUCAUAGAAAGCUUAGCUGACAACACAGAUCAAGUGGAUAGUGUGGUCUUGUCAUUAGAGAAUACUCCCAAUACCUUUUUGAAUCAGGUGAUAGAAGAUGACAGUAAUCACACAGAGAUUUCCAGCAGUAAAUCAAAACCUGAUUCUGUUGAGUUACAGACCAUAGAGACAACACUCAGAGAUGGACAUGGGAAACUGGAGGCCCCCAGUGCACUUCUAGAAGAUCACAUUAUGUCAGAGAUCCAGACAUCAGAAGUUGGGGAUUUUGUUGGAGAGUUGGAAGUAGCCAGUAUCCAUUCAGGAGAUGGUGCUUGUAAAUUAGAGGGUGCAGACAGUGUAAUAGAUGAUAUUAAUCAAGUAAAUGGUUCUCACCUCUCACCAGAAGAUAAUGCCAGUAGAUCUAUAGGUGUAGAUUUGCCAGCUGUUUGUGUGGAUGGGCAACUGGAAACUUCCAAAGCUGUAUCAGAAGAUGUUUCUUUUCAACCAAAGACCAUUAAUGGAAUGGUGAAAGAUAUUUCAGAAAAUGUUGAUGCAGGCAAUUUGGACAUUUCUGGUGACAUUACAGAAUGUGCAAAUCGUACCUUAGACAAACUCCAAGAGGAUCCUGUUGGUCAACUGGAAUUAUCCAACAGCAGCUCCAGUGAGGAUACUGACCAAUUAGGAAAUGUGAAAACGAUACUCAAUGAUGGUGAAAGUGAAGUAGAAUUAUCUGAAACAUUACCAGGUGAGAUUACGGCAUGUAUAUCAGAUGCUGCCAAUAUGUCAACCGGAGAGUGCACUGAGCAAGUCUUAAGUAGCCACUCAGGAAGUGGCAUUGACAAGGUAGAGGUUUCUGGCACAGGAGUAGAUGAAAACUCUGAAGACAGUUUAUCAUGCAAGGACCACAAAGAAAUAAUUGAAGAUGUUGAUGCAACAGUGAAACUCUGCAACACAUUGCCAGUGGUGGAAUCUGACUGUUUUGAAGGCAUGGGUACUCUUCCAUUGGAGGAGGAGAGUCAAGAAAAGGUUGGUAAUGUCAAAAUAGGCAGUGAUACUAACCAGAUUGAAGAUGUAGAGACUCUGCAAGUAAUAGAAGAUAAACAAAUAAAAGUCAGUCACAUUCAACCGGAUGAUCGUAAAUCAGAUUCAACUUGUUCAGUAUUAUGCCAAGACGAUUUGUUAAAUGGUGAUUUUGCUAAAAACUCAGAUACUCUACAAAUAAGCUCCACUAAAAUAUCAGAUAUUUCAGGAGACCCUAGUUCCCAGACAGAGAAGCCCAGUAGUCUGUUAGAAAAUGAUUGUCUUGAAGUAACAGAUGAAGGUCAAACCAAGUUAUCUGAAACAUUACUGAAGGAUGAUCCCUUGGACACAGGGCCAGAAGAUGUUAAAGAUCAAACAGAGGUCACCAACGCUCUUUUGGAAGAUGCUCCUCAUAAUUUGGAGAUUGUGGGUGCUCUGUCAAGUGAAGAUAAUAAUGAUGAAGAUGACAAAUUCACAUAUAUGUCAUUAAGUGGAGAUCAGAGAAUAAAUGAUUUGGCACAAAUCAUACCACAUAAUGAAGCAAAGAUCUCUACCAACACAUCUGAAGAAACUGAUUUAGUAGGCACAUCAAUAGGCAAUGGUGAUUCAAAAGUUGCAGAUGAUGGGAAACCAGAUACAUUUGAUUCAGCAACAGCAAACAACACAAGUGCAGAAGAGAACAUGACCAAGAGUUCAGAAGAUAGUGCUGAUGAAAUAAGUUCCUUCCCCCACUUGGAAGGACAUAAUGAAAGCACGUUAGAAGUUUCAGAGGCAAUAUCAAAAAAUAAUGAUCAAAAAAUAGAACCAGCUGGUACCCAGCUGAGAGAUGAUGUUUGCCCAUUGAAUGUAAUAAACUUAGUAUCAGAAAGUGAACACAAAGACACUUCAGAUAUCCCGCAAAUCAGCAAAGAUGGUCAACUAAAUCUCCUUGACCCCUGUCAGACAGAUCUCUCAGAAAUGUCACCAGGGAACAAUGUUAGCCAGCUGGAGGAUUUAGACUCUGAACAAAAGAACAUUAAUAAUCAACUUGAUCUCCCAGACCAAGAUCCAAUAGUGGAUGAUCACCAACCGGACAUCAGUGAACCUGUGUCAAAACCUUCUCAUCACAAUUUCGAAGUCUCAGUUUCUGCAGAAGGAGCGGGUCUUCCUAUCUCCAGAGGAGAAUCAACUGAUGAAUGUCUUAAGUGUCCUCAAAGCCCCACCAAUAACGUUACAGAGAUAACUGAUCAAGGAACUCCUCAUGAUCUCACGGAUAUCACUCAUCAUGAUGUGACUCCAGUAACUCAAGAUGUUUCAAAGGGUGGAUCAGAAAAAGUAGAUGACAUUAGUAGCCACACUUUAGCUGCAGAACCAAAUACAGAAACGGAUGUUUAUGAGGCAGUGUCAUCCUCUAAUAUACCAGAGUUUGCACCUGAAGCUGAACUUAACCUUUCCACUGAUGAAUCCAAUAACUUAAUAUCAGAAGUUUCCAAGUCAGAGGAUGUUGAGAUCUGUGACCAGGUAAUUCUUCCAUCAGAGCCUGUUUGCACGCCUUCUUCCAUCUCUCCUGUCUGUCAACGACUGCAAGAUGUCAUUCAGGACUGUAGGGCAGAUGAGGUUGCUUUAAAAGAAGUGGUGGUGUCAGGAGAGUUGUCAAAGAAGGCGCCCACUGACCUAAAAGAAAGUAAGGGAGACAAGGGGGUGCCAAGUGAUAUGUUGGAUUCAGGUGAAUACCAUGAACCUGAAAGAUUGAGUUGCACCCAAGGUGUUGCUGAUUUAGAAGUAGACUCACAUUCUAGUUCAGAUAUAAACCAGACUGAAUCUAAUACUCCCUUUGUCACACAAAAUAGUGAACAAUUGCAUUGCAACAAAAAAGGCAAUCAUACAUCAUUGGAGACUCCACGUCAAGAUGAAAAACCUAUUUGCUUUGUGGGCAGUGACAGAGAAGAAAAGGAUGACACUUAUCCCCACAUAUCACUAGAAGUGACUGGAGAAAACUCUCAGGAUAAAAAAUUGGAUACUUUGCAUCAUUCCAAAAAUUUUUCCUCCAUUGGUCAUUCACUGGUAGAGGGACCAGAAUUUAAUGUAUUGCUUAGUGCACCUUGCAAAACUCCAGAUAGACCUCUUUCAUGUUCUCAUGCAACACUGAGUAAAAUUCCUUCAGCAAGUUCAACGUCAGAAUUUGGUUUAGCUUCUGCACCCAUCCAUUCCACUGCAGACCCUCCCUGCCUAGAUGAAGCUUCCUCUGGAACCUGCCCCGAACUGGAUAAUGAUGGCUUCUCUGCUGCUGUAUCUUCCCCAUCAAAUACACUGACUUCGGGACAACAGGACCAAGAACGCUUUUCAAAACAUGCUGCUCCACCUGAAAGAGCACCAGGGGAAGAAAGAAGCCAGGAAGAGUUUAAGCUGUCUGAUGCAAUGGACCUGGAGGCGAAACAACCAGUCCCACAGAUUCCUGAGAAAUUGGAGCAGUGUCCUGGGGUUGAUCACCUGGACUCCACCCAAGCAGAAAUCAAGUCCUUGGACACAAAACCCAUCCGCCGCACCCGUCAAGCUUUCAGUCCAUCAGAUUCCAGUUCCUCCAGUGAGAAUGAACUGCCGUUCCCGAUCCCACUCGAAGAUGUUAGGAAAAGAAUCCCUCCCCAAGAGGACCCUGUUAAAUCAGAAGCCACGGAUGCACAGAUUCCAUUGAAGCAAAGGGCUUUUGAGACCACUGCUGUCAACAGAGGGUCUUGCAAUGAAUCAGACAGUGAUGACUCGGUCCCUGAGCUUGAAGAGCCAGAAGUUUCUGUUCCACUAGCUGGACAAGAACAGUCACAGUUGGCGCAAGCGGUGGGGAUCGGUGAUGAGCCUGUGAGUAAAGCUAAACAGAGCCGCAGUGAAAAGAAAGCACGAAAGGCUAUGUCCAAGCUCGGUCUGCGACAGGUACAUGGUGUAACAAGGAUCACAAUCAGAAAGUCUAAAAACAUCUUGUUUGUUAUAACGAAACCAGAUGUUUUCAAGAGUCCGGUGUCUGAUAUCUACAUAGUCUUUGGGGAAGCAAAGAUUGAAGAUCUGUCCCAACAGGCUCAUAAAGCAGCUGCUGAAAAGUUCAAAGUUCCUAUUGAACAUGCAACUUUGAUCCCUGAAACAACUCCAACCCAUAGCAUUAAGGAGGAGAGUGAGGAAGAGGAGCUGGAUGAAACGGGACUGGAAGCGAGAGACAUAGAGCUGGUAAUGGCCCAGGCAAAUGUCUCAAGAGGCAAAGCUGUACGAGCUCUCAGGCACAACAAGAAUGAUAUUGUUAAUGCUAUAAUGGAAUUAACAAUGUAAACUGCAAAAUGGAGAUCUAUUUCUAUAUAUAUUCGCUGGAUAUUAUCAACAUUAUAAAGUAUAACCAAAUUGUAAAUCAUACAAGUUUGCAUCUGUAAUACUGCUAAUAAACUCAAUCUAUGGAAACCAAGCCAAGAGAUUCUUUAAG